UGGCAGUGCAGUAUUUUACUAACUUCACAGUAGUCUCAAUAGUUUUCAUAGGGUUGUAUGUGCUUGUCCAUAUAUGGCUUGCUGCUCCGAGUAUAAUUCUAGGGCUCAAGUUUGCUGGACUUGAUUUACCAGGUUCAAUAGGCGAAUUUGUUGUUUGUGCUGUCCUAGUUCUUCAAGGUGAACGCAUGUUGGGUUUAAUAUCACGUUUCAUAAACGGAUUAAAACUGAACUUCUAGUGCAGACCGAGUAAUGCAGGAAGUAAGACGACAUUUCAGGCCAGAGCUAUUGAAUCGACUUGAUGAAGUUGUUGUAUUUGAUCCUCUUUCACAUGAACAAUUGAGAAAGGUUGCAAAAUUGCAAAUGAAGGAUGUAGCUAGUCGUCUUGCUAAGAAAGGAAUUGCAUUGGCAGUGACUGAUUCAGCACUAGAUUUAAUUCUUGCCGAGAGCUAUGAUCCUGUAGAAGACUUACUAAUAUAUUAUUUGUUGAAGUUACGUGAUAAGGUAGAAGACUUGUUUAGUUACAGCCUGCUGCAAGUAAAACGGAGUUCUGUUAAGUUGGAUAUAGACAGGAAAUUCUCAAAUGCACUACUAGUAACGGUGAUAUCCUCAGAUGUUUGGAUAGGUUAUGAGUUGAUAAUUGAAGUUAUUGUUAUAUCUCAAGAAAAAACUGAUAUGCCUGUUACACUGUGUUAUAUUAUGCUGCUGCAGUAG